UCCACAAAAGACAAUCCAAUUGAAAUUGACAGUGAUCCAAGCUUGUACUCCGGUUCUUCAAGCUCAGACGCUACCAUGUGUGACAAGUCUGACUGUGACUGUCAAUCCCUUGGGGUCUUCAGAGGGCCACUGGUAAGUGGGAGCCAUGACUUUGAUGAGCACUGCAUGUUUGGAAAUGACAUGUACUUGACAAAAGGUCAAGUCGAUUUCCUUAAUGAGCACUGCAACCACUUUCCAACAGAGGAAUUUGAGUACUAUGUCUACAGGAUGACCAAGUCAGCAGUGAUAAAGAAUAAAUGCAAGCUGGAUAUUGGAAAGAAGUUCACUGCCAAGUACCUGAAAAGGUUCAUUGACGAUGCUCCUGGCAAUGAUGUUACUCUUUCUCUAGAGUACACCGACAGCAAUGCACGCUUUAAAGUGACCAUGCAUGAACAUGGCAAAGGGGAAGGCCAAGAAUGCAAUCAUAGCAACUGUCUACCUGAUGACUCUGAUGACUCUGAUUCAUCUGAGUCAUCAGACUGCACGUCCGGCAUCCGAGAGCAGCUUGGCUGGGGGCACAACGGCAAGAUCUACUACAGGUUGAGGAAGAUGGGGAGCUCCGUAUGCCCGUCCGGCGGUGGGGUGCAGCUUCCGAUCUCAACACGAAGGCUAAAUCCGUACGGGGAAGUUUGA